GAGCACGUGACUUCGUUCCGGUUCGCCAAAGAUGGCGGCGCCCAGAGGUCUAGCGUGAGAGUGGUUAGUGGGAGUCGCUGUUCAUUUGUAUUGGAAUCAAACAAGUGGGACCGUGCGCCAUGUCGCGACUGAUCGUGAAGAACCUCCCGAAUGGGAUGAAGGAGGAGCGGUUCAGGCAGCUGUUCACCGCCUUCGGCACGCUGACGGACUGCAGUCUCAAGUUCACCAAAGAUGGCAAGUUCCGCAAGUUUGGCUUCAUCGGCUUCAAGUCGGAGGAAGAGGCCCAGACGGCGCUGAACCAUUUCAACAGGAGCUUUAUUGACACGUCCCGGAUCACGGUGGAGUUCUGCAAAUCGUUUGGGGACCCCACAAAGCCCCGGGCUUGGAGCAAACAUGCCCAGAAACCAAGCCAGUCCAAGCCUCCUCCGAAAGACAGAGCCUCCGUUCCCCCGGAAACUAAGAAAGAUGACGGGAAGGAAAAGGUAGCAGGUGACCUGGAGAAGCUGAAGGAGGAUGACAAGUUCCGGGAGUUCCUGUCGGUUCACCAGAAGCGGACGCAGGUGGCCAUCUGGGCGAACGAUGCCCUGGAUGCUGAGCCCUCGAAAGGGAAGAGCAAGCCAGCCAAUGACUAUCUGAACUUUGACUCCGACUCAGGGCAGGAGAGUGAGGAGGAGGGGGCCGUGGAGGACCUGGGAGAGGAGGGUGACGGCCCUGAACCCAAGGCAGCGGCGCAGAAGGAGCUGUCGGACAUGGAUUACCUGAAGUCCAAGGUGGUGCAGGCUGGGUCAUCGUCAUCCUCGGAGGAGGAGGAGAGUGAGGAUGAAGCCAUGAACUGUGAGGAAGGGAGCGAGGCCGAGGAGGAGGGUUCCUGCGCCACCCCCGCCCAGCGGGACCGAGAGAGGACAGGGGCCGUGCCCGGGAAUGCAAAGCCAGAGGUGGCCCGAGCCAAGACAGAGAAACCAGCAAACCAGAAGGAACCCACCACCCCCCACACCGUGAAGCUGCGGGGAGCCCCCUUCAAUGUCACAGAGAAAAAUGUUAUAGAAUUCCUGGCACCCCUGAAACCAGUGGCCAUUCGGAUAGUAAAAAAUGCUCAUGGAAACAAAACAGGGUACAUCUUUGUGGAUUUCAGCAGCGAAGAGGAAGUGAAGAAAGCUCUGAAAUGCAACAGAGAGUACCUGGGUGGGCGCUACAUCGAGGUGUUCCGGGAGAAAAACAUCCCUCCGGCCAAGGCGCCCCUGAAGAACACCGCCAAACCCUGGCAAGGCCGGACGCUCGGGGAGCUUGAAGAUGAGGAGGACCUGGCCGACUCCGGGAGGCUCUUUGUGCGAAACCUGCCCUACACCAGCACUGAGGAGGACCUGGAGAAGCUCUUCUCCAAAUAUGGCCCCCUGUCUGAGCUGCACUGCCCCAUCGACAGCCUGACCAAGAAGCCCAAAGGCUUUGCCUUUGUGGCCUUCAUGUUCCCAGAGCACGCGGUGAAGGCCUACGCGGAGGUGGAUGGGCAGGUGUUCCAGGGCAGGAUGCUCCACGUGUUACCAUCCACCAUUAAGAAGGAAUCCAGCGAGGACACCGACACCCCGGGGUCAUCGUCUUACAAGAAGAAGAAAGAGUCAAAAGACAAAGCCAACAGCUCCAGCUCCCACAACUGGAACACGCUGUUCAUGGGCCCCAACGCGGUGGCCGACGCCAUCGCUCAGAAGUACAGCGCCACCAAGAGUCAAGUGUUUGACCACGAGACCAAGGGCAGCGUGGCCGUGCGCGUGGCCCUGGGGGAGACCCAGCUCGUCCAAGAGGUGCGACGCUUCCUCAUCGACAACGGAGUCAGCCUGGAUUCCUUCAGCCAGGCCGCAGCGGAGCGAAGCAAGACUGUGAUUCUGGUGAAGAACCUCCCGGCGGGCACCCUGGCGGCCGAGCUGCAGGAGACCUUCAGCCGCUUCGGCAGCCUGGGCCGCGUGCUGCUGCCCGAGGGCGGCGUCACCGCCAUUGUGGAGUUCCUGGAGCCGCUGGAGGCCCGCAGGGCCUUCCGACACCUGGCCUACUCCAAGUUCCACCACAUCCCCUUGUAUCUGGAGUGGGCUCCAGUGGGCGUCUUUUCCAGCCCAGCCCCACAGAAGAAAGAACCCCAAGAUACACUGGCAGAACCUGACAAACAGGACACGACGGAGCCGGAAACAGACUGCAAGACCCCAGAAGGUGAAAAGCCAAAAGAGGGGGAAGCAGACAACGUUUCAGCAAAGAUGGAAGAAGAGGAGGAGGAGGAAGACGAGGAGGAGGAGAGCCUUCCCGGGUGCACCCUGUUCAUCAAAAAUCUCAACUUCAGCACGACUGAGGAGACGCUGAAGGCGGUGUUUUCCAAAGUGGGCCUGGUCAAGAGCUGCUCUAUUUCCAAGAAGAAGAACAAAGCAGGAGCGCUGCUGUCCAUGGGGUUUGGAUUCGUGGAAUACAGGAAGCCGGAGCAGGCCCAGAAAGCCCUCAGGCAGCUGCAGGGUCACGACGUGGACGGCCACAAGCUGGAAGUGAGGAUCUCGGAACGAGCCACCAAGCCAGCCCCGACAUCCGCUCGGAAGAAACAGAUCCCCAGAAAGCAGACAACCUCCAAGAUCCUGGUGCGGAACAUCCCCUUCCAGGCUGACAGCCGCGAGAUCCGAGAGCUUUUCAGCACCUUCGGGGAGCUGAAGACCGUCCGCUUGCCAAAGAAGAUGACCGGGACAGGCACACACAGAGGGUUCGGCUUCGUCGACUUUCUCACCAAGCAGGACGCAAAGAGAGCCUUCAACGCCCUGUGUCACAGCACCCACUUGUAUGGCCGGAGGCUGGUCCUGGAGUGGGCUGACUCCGAGGUGACUCUGCAGGCCCUGCGGCGGAAGACAGCUGAGCACUUUCACGAGCCCCCGAAGAAAAAGCGGUCUGUGGUGUUGGAUGAGAUCCUGGAGCAGCUGGAAGACAGUGAGAAUGACGGCGAGGAGCAAACCCUUCAGCUGUGAGCUGGCACCGAGCGGAUCCAAAGAGGAUGGUGCUCAUGGAGGCAGGGGAGAGAUGCUGCCUUUUUCAGAGCAGAGGAGAGAUUGUACCUUCCAUCCCAUGUGCCUGGACAGCCUUCUGCCUCUUCAGACCCUGAGGGGAAGCCUGACUUUCUCCGUCCAAGCACCACACUGGCUCGCCCCGGCUGCAGAAUGAACUUGGAACUUCAACUCACAGGAGGCCAGCCCUUAGGGCUUGCUCCCCGCAGGAGCAAAGCCAUCCUCAAACCACGAGUGACAAGUGGCCUGUGAACGGGAACUUCGGCUCCCUUCUCUGUUGGAGAAUCGCCCUCCUGUUCCUGUGCAGUUUUUAAAUGUUUCUUCUUCUUUGGUUUUUUUCCUUCACUAUAUAUAUAUAUAUAUAUCAGAUUCUUAUACGAAAACAAGAUGGCUUUUAAACUUCGUGCCCGGAACAGCCGUCUGCGUUACGCUGACAACACGGAGGGUGAGACCCGCGGUCCCGUCCGUGUUCUGGCUGUUGACCUGGCGCAGAUAAGCCCCUUCCAGCCGCCCCGCCAGCCCUCUCCCUCCGCCCUCCUUCGCUCUAUUCAGGGAAACGAGGUUUUGCUUUUCAGCCCCAUUUCUGGUUACAUAUGUACACGGCUGAUAAAAUAUUCCUCUUCACCCCUUCUCCCCAUGGGACCCGCCAUCUUACGGGAAGAGGGUUUGUAUGACAGCGACCGCGACAGCCCGCGUGUCGCCUGGAAACCGUGGCGGUGGCAGGGGGUGGGGUGGUGGCGGCUCUCUUCCCACGGCUCCUCUUUAUUCAGAUUCCCUCUUCUGGUUGUGAGAACGGUGUCGCUGGGGAGGAGAGGCCUGGGCCUCCUCCGUGGGCUCCGGUCAAGGCCGGACGGUGGCCCUCCCGUCCUUGAAAGGGGAAAUGUUACCAAAGUCCUGCCCUCUUGCUGCCUGGCCGCAGCCACCUCCCCUGAACGUCACCUGGGGCCACCCAGACAUGCAGAGAGGGUGGCUCACGCCACAUCCGGCUGCGGAUGCUCAGUGCCUCAGCUCACCCUCCCAGGACGCCCUCGAAAAUUGGGACCAGAGCAGAACCUGGGUGGCAGGAGGCCCCAGAGAUGCAAACUUGGCCGGACAGAGGGAACCCAGCAACCGGAGAAGGCGCUGGGCGCUGUGCACGGGCAGGGGACAUCACGGCCAGCGGAGGUGGUCCAGGCGGGACGGAGAUAAAGAGUGGCCUGGGAGGUCCACCCAGAGGGCUCUGGAAAUGAUUCGGCGGCACCGAGGACCCUGGUCCCUGCCCCUCUCUCCACCCGCUUGCCUCCCUCACAUCUCCCUUCACGUGUAGCUGAUGUUCUCAAAUCCAGAACACUGCAGAGGCAAAAGCUUCUUCCUAAUCUGCUUUUACAAGAAGCAUCAGCUCCCUUCGCUCAGUGUUCAUGGGAGCAAGGACUUUGUGCCUGGCGUUCAGAGAGCUGCCCCUGCGGGUCUGUUUCUAUGGAGCUCCUGCAGGCUGGGCGCCGACGGGCAGAGCACAGACCCUGUGCCAAAAAGGGUGUGGAGUUGCUGGGACAAGAAUGAACUGCAUAAGCUUCACGUGGGAGGGGCGGAGUCUUCCCAGUGAUCAGAAGAAAGUGGGGUUUCAACGGGACCACACCCAGCAUUUAAUAAGCAUCCACUAUGUGCCAGGCGCCGGAGUGGCAAAGAUGAGAGACACAGCCCUGGCUUUGGAAGUGAAUGUUUAGUGGGAAUGAACUUGGCCUGCAGGUGACCUCUUAGGAGGGGAGCGUCAAGGUGGGAGGUUGCCCGGGUGGAGACGGGGCACCUCCAGGGGCCUUCGUGGGCGAGACCCCUCUCACAGAGGUGGGACGAUUUUCAGGCCAGCAUUUUUCCAAACAAAGGUGCACACGUGCAUUUUAGGUGAAAUACGGCCUGGUCCCUCCGUGCCGUGGUCCGACUGGCACAAGCUAGCAGCCCUGGGGCCACAUGAGAAGAAAUGCCUUGGAGCCUAAAAAUCAGAGAGGGCUGCAAAUGAUUAACUGUUCUCUGUCCACUGAGGCUGCCUGGCUUCCCCCUCGUGGUCCCCAAACAGGAAUGAAGCAAAAGGGCUGGUGGGAAGUAUGAGGGGGUCUUAAUUUCUUUCUCUAUUUUUUUUUUUUGAGGGUGUCUUUUAUUUUUAUUAUGCCUCAGAAUUCCUCAGCUUUUUAAUUCUUGUUUUCUUUUGUUAUGUGUGUGUGUGUGCACGUGUGUGUGCACGCACGUGUGUGUACACACAUCUCACUCCUAACAAGAGUGCCGUUAUGUAAAGGUCUGGUUUUAUUUGAACCAUUGUCCCCAUUUGACAAUAUCUGCCAACAAUUCUGAGACUAUUGGCUUUUUUUUUUCCCUCCUCCCUUUCACUUAUUCAUAUUCAUUCCACAAAUGUUUCUGGAGAGCCUGGCACUGUGUUUUGCCCGGGGCAAGUGCGUACAGCCCGGACAGAAAGUUCUUACCUCCUGAGGUCUGGCAGGAAAGCAGAAGGCAAGGCAAGUUAUAGGAAUAAAUGUGUAAUUUCAGGUAGGGAUGAAGGCUAGCGAAAGGGCUGACUUUGGUCUGGGAAGGCCAUUCCAAGGAAGUGACAUUUAAGCCCAGACUUAAAGACUCGAAAGAGACCACCUAUACAUGAUGGAAGUGAGGGGGGAUGAGCAACAUCUCAGGCAGAGAGACAAGCAAGUUCAUAGAAGCAGGGGCCCCUCUCCUUAAGGACGCAGAGUUGGCCAGGGUUCUUGGAACACAGCGGAUGAUGUGCAGAAUGGGCUCGAGAGAUUCAGAGGCAACUGUCGAGGGCUCACGAUGCAUUCAAACAGGAAAGACAUCAAUGUUGUAAGAGUGAAGUGUGGGAGGUAGGAUGGAAACAGGAUGCGGCAGGUGCCUGGGGCUAACCAGUCAUUUCUAAUCUCCUUGGCCUGUGCUGCCUUCCACUUGCUUCCCCAGCCCCCCGGCAGCUAGAGGAGUCUGAGACAAAAUUCUAGCCAAUCUGACCUACACAGAAAUUUGCUAGAAGCUUCCCAGGAAAUUUUUUUUUGUUUUCCUGAUCAAGAGAGAGUGAAACGAUAGGCCCUCUCCCUUCCUCCUUUCUUUUUGCCUUUAACUCAGAUGUGAUGCCUGGAGCUGCAGCAGCUAUUUUGCAACCUUGAGGGAAAGGCCAUGAGAAUCACAAAAACAGACAAGCCACACUUCCCUCCAGAUUUUUUUUCAUGAUAAAAGAAGAAUGGCCCCCAUUUAAGACACAGUUAGUUGGGUUUUCUGCUAUUUGUUGUCAAAAGCACCCCUUGGGCUGGUACAUGGAGUAAAGAAUUAGGGCCCAAAAGAAGUGAGUAACAAUAUGGGUGAGUCUGAGCUCAAGAGCAGCAGCCUUGAGAUUCUACCAUGGAACAAUGGAUAUGGAAGAGCUGUCAUUGAUGGUUAAAUGAACCUACUGUUUGCUUGAAUAUCUCAACUUCAAGUUCCGUAUUUAUUGGGAAGGGCUAAGGGGAAAUGAAUCAAAAUCAACAAGGAUUCUUUUUUCACAUGUGAUCCUUAUUUCAUCCAAAAGCUAGUUUUGUGGACAGACAUCACUAUUUGAGAAAGAUUGCUUUCUGGGGUUUAACUCAUGUGUUUAUUGAACCUGGAUGGAGAAAGGGCCCAAGGUGAUAAAGCGUGAACAAGAGUAAGAGAAAGAAAAUUUUUCUGCACGAGCCCUGCAGAGACCUUUCUGCUGUCCCCUGGGUUUCCAGGUUUUGAAGCGCCUUGUGACAAGCAAUGCUUUGUGGAACAAGAAAGAAAAGUUAUGAGAAUGUGCAAAUUCUUUACAUAAUGUUAAAAGAAGGAGGAGGAGGAAGAGGAGAAGAAGAUAUGUAUUCAGUGUUUUGUGUUCUCUCGAGAGAACCACAUAAAUCCUUGGUAAGCAAAGGUAAUCAUUGAAAUAGAAAUCAUACAAUGGCCACAAACUCCAGAUUUCCUAGAGUUGAGGCCUCAGAAAUGUGGAUGGUUGAAAGCACAAGUCACAUCCAGGUGGGAUGAACGUGUGAGCCCUGGUUCCUAGAAUCUGACAGCGGGGCCAUCCCGGUCCUGCCCCCGUAAUCCAGUCCCAGCUGAGGUCAAGGUCCAGCUGGGCCAAGAGAAGCCACUGUGCCCCAGGGGAAGGUGCCAGCUCCGCAGUGUAGAUGCUGAUCUCACUGCUCUCUGCCUGAGCUUGCAGCAGGUUGACAUUCAAUCAACAAACGUUUGUUGAAGACCUACUAUGUACGUACCAUCUUGGGUGCUGAAAUCAUCUGAGUGCCAAGGAUUAUUGACAUAAAAGACGGCUGUCAACAUAGCUGCCAGAACUGAGAAUCAAGAACAUCGUGACGGCCACGCUGUCUACUAGGAAGUGUGCUUUCAGCUGCCUCUCAACCAAGAUGUGAUCGUUCACAUGCCUGGAAAACUCCAGAUGUGGCGUCAAUGCUGAAGAUCGAGCUGAUGUCACUGUUAGCAUCAUCUGGAGCUUUUGAAGACACAGCAGUUUGGAGGAAGUGGCCCAGGGCCUUGGUGUUAUUGAAAAGACAAAAACUUCAAGGAAGAAGCUAGGAGACACAUACUAUUCUGACUUCCUUUUCUUAACGCAAACGAAUUGCUGGUUUACGAACAUUGACGAUCAAAAAUUAGAUUUGGGGUGCAAAGGGAAGAGAGAAAGGAAAAAAGUACAAUUACAGCCGGGACGUAGACACACACAAAAAUCUCUGUAAGGAUGUUCAGAGCAGCUUUGAUUGCAAUAGCUGAAGACCCAGAACAGCCCAAAUGUCGACCAACAGAACAAUGGGUAAAUGAACUGUGGCACGUUCACACAACUGAAUACUUGUCAACAAUGAAAAAGAAACAACGGAUCUAACACAACAGCACGGGUGAAUCUCACAGACAGUGUUCACUGAGUGAAGGAGGCCAGACACAAAACCCCCGUGUGAUCCCACUGGGCCAGAGUUGAAGACGAGGUGAAAUUAAUGAAUGGUUGUUGAUAGAAAUCAGAACAGUGGUUCCUCCGGGGGAGUGGGACAGUGACAGAGGGGCUUGAGGGAGCCUGGCAUGGGCUGGGGAUGUUCUAUGUCUUGAUCUGGGUGGUGGGUACAUGGGUGUUUACACAGGUAAAAAUUCAUGGAAAUGUGCAUUUUAAGUUUUAUCUCAAUUUUUUUUUUAAAGGAAGACUAUAGACAGUCACGUGUGUGUCGUCCAAUUAUAGAGUCUGUUACGUGAUUCAUCCUGUACCUGCCUGCUUAUUAAGAUUCCCUGGGGAGUUUCUUAUAAACAUAUGUCUUGACCCCACUCCCAAGGAUUCUGGAAUAACUCAUCUGGGAACUUGGUGAUGUUUCGAAGCCCCCCAGGUCCUUGUGAUGGGCAUCCAGGGUUGAGAACUGAUAACUCUGAUGAGCCGAUCCACUACCACACAGGGAGCUUCCAGCCUGGCCCUGGGGCUUCUGUCUCAGUUGUUUUCCACAUGUCCUGAGAGACGGGAUACCAGAAGUGAUUGAAAGUUGGGGUUGUCUCUACCUCCAAGAAAUCUCAAGCAAGAAGUUGGUACAGACCUCAGGGAAGAAAAGGCUUUGUGGAAAAGAUGGAUCUCAGGUUAGAUGGGUCAAACUGAAGCAGAUGGAGAGGGGAAGGAUAAGCAUUCUAAGGUGGAAUGGCACGAACAGGGGCACAGAGGCAGACCAGCCUCGGCGUGAAAAGCACUCCCCAUCUCUCAGGGCCUCGCCCAGCUGGAAUCCUCUCCCUGCCUCCCCUCACUUCACAUGACAUUUGUACAUCCCUCAGCUUACCUCCCUGCAGGGUGACUGUCCAUUUCACACCCCUAUCUCCUUGUUAAUCCAUUAUCUCGCCCCAGAUAUCAUGAUUGAUGUAUCCACACACCGUCUGACUCCGUGGAUUCUUGGAUAGAGAGGGAGAGAGGGAUAAAGUUUCCAGCAGAGAGCUGGGAAGUCAGGCCGAAAACGGUGUCAAGUAGAUCUGAUCCAAAAUCGCUCAGCUUCUAAGGGGUGGAAAUUAACUCAGGAUCAAAUGCUGACACCAUCCGGUCCACCCACCCCCUCCAAUCUACUGUUAUCCACCUGCUCUGUGCCCGGGAGGCCGGCCCAGAGGCGCCGUGUCAGCAGAACCCCUCUGGGGCUCCCAGGUGUGUGUGGCCCUGGAGGAAGGUGAGAGGCGGGAGGAAAAAGAGGUUGGGGUACUGAUACCUCAGGCCCCCUGCUGUGGGGUCACCAUGACUGUCUCCGCCCAGAGAGGCCACAGCCCCUGACCCGCACGGCUCUCCAUCACCCACAGCAGUGUUUCUCAGCCUCUUUUCAUCAUCAUCCUUUAGGGAGACUUUCUAGACAGUUUUUUCCCCCUAAUCACCAUCUCCUUGCCACCGCAUGAAAUUGGAAUACACAAAUAUACAGUGUGUGUAUUUGCAGUUCAUAAAUAGAGUAAAAUUGGUUUCCUCUCGCGAGAAGCAAUCUUUGCCCCUUUGGGGUGAUAUUGCCCCCACUGAGAAGACAGGAACCCUCUGGACACCUUGACCCUUCCAAGCAGAGUUGCUCGCCCCAAGGGACUUCUCACCCCUUCCUGAGGUCUCUUCCCCUCACUCACACCUUGGUUCCUUUACCAAACCCUCCCUGAUUACCAUGUCUUUC